GGCACCGUCCUGUUACGCAAGAGGGCUCGGCUGCAGAACUGCAAGUAAUUCCUCCCUUUUAACCCCGUUGUUUGCAGCGUUUCUUGCAGCGGGACCAUAAGAGGUAGCUGCUGCAUGCCCGUCUCUGCUGGCGCCAGCACACCCCUUUCCUCCAGAGUCCACGGAAGUGGAGCCACCCUGAGACACAGCAUGAGUUCAGGUCUGAUUGAGAACUAUGUGGCAGCCAUGGUGCUGAGCGCAGUUGGUGAUACCCUGGGCUAUUGCAAUUCAAAAUGGGAGUUCCUGCGGAAUGGCCAGGAGAUUCACAGGCAGCUUGCACAAUUAGGGGGGCUGGGAAACAUCAGUAUAGCAGGCUGGAAAGUCAGCGAUGACACGGUGAUGCACUUGGCUACAGCUGAAGCUCUGGUAGCUGCUGGGAAACAACCAAGUUUUCCAGAGCUCUAUUCCCUUAUAGCGAAGCACUACAAGGACUGUAUGAAUGACAUGGUUGGCAGAGCUCCAGGUCCUACCUGCAUUCAAAACGCACAGGCCCUGCAGCCAGACCAACCAGAUGGCUGGAGGAUUCCGUUUAACAAGCAUGAGGGAGGAUGCGGGGCUGCCAUGCGGUCCAUGUGCAUUGGGCUGAGAUUCUGUCAUCCUGAGCAGUUGGACAGCUUGAUUCAAGUCAGCAUCGAGAGCGGUCGAAUGACCCAUCAUCAUCCAACUGGCUAUCUGGGAUCCCUGGCUUCUGCUCUCUUUACCGCCUAUGCUGUGAAUCGCAAGCCCCCUCACGAAUGGGGGAAGGGACUGAUGGAAGUGCUGCCACAGGCUAAAGUCUACAUCCAGAAGUCUGGCUACUUUGUGAAGGAGAACCUGAAGCACUGGUCCUACUUUAAAGAACAGUGGCAAAGAUACCUGAAGUCCAGGGGAAUUUCAGAUGGAGAGUCUGUUCCUACCUUCCCCCCUGUGUAUGGUGUGAAGGAGCGAGAUGAAUUCUAUGUCUCCCUGAGCUACUCUGGCUGGGGCGGCAGCAGUGGGCAUGAUGCUCCAAUGAUUGCCUACGAUGCCAUACUUGGUGCUGGGAACUCCUGGACAGAGCUCGCUCACCGGGCUUUUUUCCACGGUGGGGACUCCGAUUCUACAGCGGCCAUUGCCGCGUGCUGGUGGGGGGCCAUGUAUGGCUUCAGUGGAGUCAAUGUAUCCCUUUACAGAGCACUGGAAUACAGAGAGCGGCUGGAGAAAAUAGCUAAGGCCUUGUAUGAGGUCAGCCAGCCAGAGGGGUAGUCCAAGCAGAGAGGUGGUUCUAGAGUUCACAAGACAAAACUAAAUUUUACAAAGUUCGUUGCAUAGCUUGCAGGGCGAGGGGAGGGUUAGAUUGAUCUUGGACUGCACUUUACUGCUCAUCUACCUGUAGCUCCUGAUCCACCCAGAAAAUGCUUGUGCUUCAGCAGUCUGUCUAGCCCUAGCAUAACAGGAUUAAGGAUGAAAGUGUGAGGGGGAAAGCUGGCAUAGCAGCUGUGUUCUUUUUUUUUUUGGCCAUUGCUAGCAGAAAUGCACUCGCAGAAGCACCAAAGAGCAAUGCCUGGUCAGCCAGGUUUGGAUUGUGUUAGUAAUAGUAUAAGAAUUUGGUACUGGGUUGAGUUUGAGUGAAAUUUUAUAUUCCUCCACAGAACAGAACCAGCACAGAGUGCUAAUGCCAGCCUUCCCUUCUCUCACAUCCCAGUGCACUCACCCCAGACACCUAGUGAGCACCUCGACAGCUGAGAGGGGAAUACUGUCUGUAGGACCCUUUCAACCCUUAGUCCUAAGGGACCAAUUAGUGUGAGGGUGGAUUUUCACAUCUUUAGUGAGGGGAGAUGCAUUUUUCUGCUUUAAGAGCAGUCAUUUGGCAUUUGUUUAAAACCUGAUUUCACAGCGUCUCUAACCAGUUGCAGAAUUUCAAGACCUUUUAUGAUUAAAUAAAAAUGUCAGUGUUCUCUCUUGCCUCCUGCUGUUAAGGGGGAAGUCAAAUCCACAUACAGUCUUAGAAUUACCCUAAGUGAAUGGUAACAUUAGGGAGAGAAUUUGCACCUUACUUCAUCUAACUGGAUCUCAUUAUGAAGAAUUAGAGCUAGGAAAUGGCGCUUGCUACCAUAUCCCAGUUAAGCGUCGAGACCUUUACAGCUGCUGAAAGAUGUUCUUUUCUUGAAAUUUGAUGCAACUGCUGAUAACACCUUUGAAAGUUUCUUGCU